AUGAAGGAGGUGCUGCGGAUGAGGAUGGCUCACUGUUUGGACCCAGGAAAAACAUCACAGGGAUAUGAAGUAAAGGCAUCCCAGGUCGCGCCACGCGGUCUGGAUUCCGGUGCCUUGGUCUUGUCCGAGCUGUUGGCACAAGGACUUCUGGUCGAAGAACAUCUUGAUACCGAAGCUGGGGAUGGACCCUCCAUGGAUACCGCCUUGCUGUUGGCUCUGGAUGAGCUUCGAGCACGUGGCACCCGUGUGUGCUUCGUGGCCCGCAUUGCUAUGCCCACGAGCUCCGCCUUGGCUGCUGCCUACGGUGCGGCGCGGGAGACUUUAGGGCCAGAAAGGCUCUUGUGGCAUGGAACCUCUUGGGAAUGUGUGCCUAACAUCGUGCGGCACGGCUUCAAUCGUGCUUACGCAUUCAAUGCCAGGCAUGGUUCGAAAUUGGGUCGUGGCGUCUACUUCGCAGAAGAUCCGGGCUACGCCCUUCGCUUUGCCGGCAAGACCCAACGGACUCGUGCCAUGCUGCUGGCUGGAGUCUUGUUUGGGUGA